UGAUUUAUCAAGCAAGGUUUUUUCGCGGUUAAGCAAAUUUUGUGCUUAAGCAGCUCUAUGAAAUUGGCCCCAGCCAGUGCACUUUUACGCCUUGUAAAUUCGGUUCAGACAUUUUGUAAUAUGUUCCUACUGGUAGCGCUAUUUUGAAUAGGCUGUUUACGUCUUUUAAAGAAUAACUUUAGGCAACAUGCAAGAAAGUCUCAAGCGACACUGCGAAGCUAUUUAUGGCCGAGUAAUAAUUUUUUAUGAUAGAAAAUAAUUAUUGCCGAAUAUAAUUAUUGUAUGAUUUAAGUGUACGUAAGGUGAAUUUAUGUGAUGUAAAAAUGAUUGUUAGAACUAUUCAUAAUAUAAACUGAAUUUAAUAAGGUCUCCUCGGCUUGACUUAGAUCACCAUUAUUUAUUUAGGAUGAAUAUUUGUGCCUGAAACAUGAAUUAUUCAAAAACUGUCCCCACAAAAGAGAGGAUAAAAUGCUUUUGCAUAUUGUACGCAUGCGACAAUACAACAGAAGUCAUAUGCACGUGCAAGUAGUCCACCCGGUUUCUCAGACAGUUCAACUCGUGAAGAUGAAGCUUCAAUUCAUAUACGCUUUGUGGCUGAUUUUACAACUCUUCCGAGUUUCUCGUGCAGAGCCCCCGGUCGUUACGACCAAGCAGGGCCGCAUUGUGGGCACUCGGCUGGAGUUUAACCCCCCUACCCGGCCUGAGCUCCGCCGCAGUGUCAAUGCCUUCCUCGGUAUACCGUAUGCUGAGCCGCCUGUCGGCCCGCUACGCUUCAAGCCUCCCGUGCCGAAGUCAUGGAGUGGGGAUCUGUGGGCUGCAGAGGUUGGCAAUCGAUGUCCUCAACCACUGACACCCAUGGGGAAUAGCGGAAUACUUACCGGAAAACAAGAUGAAGAUUGUUUGUUUAUCGAUGUGUUCCUUCCUCAGCCAGUACCGGCCAAGGCCGCUGUGCUCGUGUACAUCCAUGGUGGGGGAUUCAUUGUCGGGGCCGGAACUAGGCCGGACUUUUACGGGACUCAGCUAGCUGCUGUCGGUGACGUCAUCGUGGUGGCUCUCAACUACCGACUAGGGGCUCUUGGAUUCCUGUCCACGGGUGAUGACGUCGUACCGGGCAACAUGGGACUAUUUGACCAGCGCCUCGCUCUGGAGUGGAUAAGAGACAACAUCGAAGCUUUCGGCGGUGAUUCUGGACGAGUAACCAUCUUCGGGGAGAGUGCCGGCGCAGUGAGCGUGAGUGCCCACGUGGUUUCGCCUGGGAGUGUCGGGCUCUUUCACGCUGCGAUCAUGGAGAGUGGUGAUAUCUCUGCUGUGUGGGGUACCCUACCGACUGACGUGGCCCGUAGGCGGGCUUUUGCCCUCGGGAAACUGGUCAACUGCGAACGAGAGACAUCCAGAGAGUUACUGGAUUGUCUGCAGAGGGUGCCUUUCAAAACUCUCGUGGAAAACCAGUUCCAAAAAUUACUCCAAGAACUUAGCGAAGCAGCCUUUAUCGUCUUCGCACCGGUUGUUGAUGGGGACUUCUUCCCUCGUAAACCAAGCGAUCUCUACGCAGAAGGUGCCGUGAACGACGCCGCGACAAUCUUGGGCUCGACUGCAGGGGACGGAGCCACGGUAGUCUUGCAAGCCUUCCCAAAACAUACAGACGAGGCGCCGUUCGUGGACAGCGACAUCUACGACAGUCUCACGCGACCCUGGAUAUCGCUGAUGAGUGGUGAGCCGAUUGUCGCUGACGCCGUCAAAGCGAUGUACCGCAACGCCUCCUGUAGCGACGCCCAUCGCUGUGACUUUCUGGAGAGUACGGUCCAAGCCUUGGGCGACGCCCAAUUCGUGUGUCCGCAGGAUUUCGCGGCAAGGGCUCUCGCUAAGGCCGGGCGAAUGGUAUACCGUUAUCACAUGACCCAUGCCCCAUCGUCACACUUCCUUGGUAAUAGGUGGACUAGGACUGCCCAUGCAGACGAGGUUCCGUUUGUCUUUGGCCUCCCCCUGAUGGCGUCGGACAGGUACAGGUACACAAAGGAAGAGGCAGAUAUGUCCCUGAUGAUGAUCAGAUAUUGGGCAAACAUGGCAAAGAGUGGCAAUCCUAACCUUUCCUCCUUGAAUGUCGGGCACACUAAUGAAGAGACAGUGACAGAAUGGCCGGCGUUCACCCUUGAGGAACUGGCCUACAAAGACUUGUCACCGGCGAUGCCGAACGGGCAUGGGAUCAAGGCCAAAGAAUGCCUCUUGUGGAAUGAAUUCAUACCAAAGCUCGUCCAACUUGCAGAAGAAGCUAAGAAAUUUCGCGAAUGCGCCGCAACUAGCUACAAAAGGAUCGAGGACGAUUUUGCUGACGGGACUUGCACUAAAAAUACAUGUACAUGCGCAGAAGGAAAGUAAAGUGGGCGCGCGCCCAGCCGAUAUUCUACAAAAUCCCUGUAUUUCCGGUUUAAGGAAGUAGUUUGUUUGAAGUAUGACUCCGAUCGGAAAAAGUAACUCACAAAAUGUUUCAGCUAAGUGCCCGUGAUAAACAAGUCAGCCGUGGAUGUAGGUUUGUUGUGCUUUCUGUUUGAAUAAUAGAUAUACCAGUGGAUGAGACAUUAAUGCAAGUUUUCGAUACAUGAAAGUUGAUGGGGAAUUUGUAAACAAAAUUACAUGUAUUAAUUCUUUUAUAAUGUAGCUGCUGUCAAAUUCGAACAUGUUAGGCUUUGGUUUCAUAAUAAAAUGCUCCGUUUCCUAGCUUUAGCCUGAAGUAAAGUGACAAAGGUGUAGACCCUUUUCACCCACGGGACUUGAUUGCGCUAAAUAUAAACAAUACAACCACAUGUGGACCGCCUUGGCCAUGGUGAUCAAAUCCGACGGGCAUCUUCAACCACGUGCAAGCGCUCAUGCGAACGCUGCAUACUUGACUGUUUUUCUUGAAUAACCAGAUUACCAUCUCAACACUAUGCACUCACACAUACAGGUCCAGCACGAUUAUGACAUCGCAGGAAAAAGGUCUAUACGAACGUAGUGCAGAACACUUUUUACGGAAACGAUUCCUGCAUUGCAUCUUCUUGGGAUCAGUAAGAUGGAGUGUGGUCCAAUACUAAUACCUGUGUCUAUCUCUGUGAUUUUUACAUACUGCAUUAAUCCUAAUCACAAGUCAUCUUAAACCUGCAUUCUUGGGAAUAAUUAUACAAGGACUCCGAGAAAGAGGACGUUAUUUGGAAGUGCACGAGAAGGUGAUUUCUUUGAUUUGAUAGAUAAGAUUCACUACCCCAACCACUGCUGCUCAGCUCAUCAUAUCGGAGCACUUCUGCUCGAUACCUCCAGAGAAUUCCUUUGAUUCCCUUAACACAAAGAACACCACUCAAGGACUGUAACAGGUGUCGCGUAUCUUGCGUCAAAUGUUUCAAAUUCCGAGGCUUUCAUUAUCAUUUCGUGAAUAAAAAUGGCUCGUGGUUUCUUAAAUGAAGUGUUUGUGUGUAUCUCUUGCGGCGUGACUUCGUUGUCCUUCAAGUGCCAUGAUGUCACACGCGCAUUAACCUCGGGGGACGUUGAGAUGGGGUCAUAACUGAAAAGCGUGGACAGAUAAAUGAAUAGUCAAAAGCCAGAACAUGGGACGUAUUUACCCUCCCCCUCCCCAAGUACUGGUACGCGUAAGGCAUGGAGUUCCACAAACUUCCAGACGGCGUGGAUAUGACCAAGCUGGAAUCUUAACUCUCCAGCUUAUGUGGGCAACAUCUGUGGGGAAGAUACUGAUAGAAAAUAUUGAUCAUUGCAAUGGGACGAGAAUGUGUCGAAGCUUUAAACCAACGACUUUCACCAUCAACCUUCGCCAAAUAUUCUGUCUACCAGCCUCAUCGCACCUUGAGGGGGGAAUAAAGACAAGCAAGCUGAUCAGAUCAAGGUUUUUCCAGGCUUGCGGGCUUUACUGCCUAGGGCGUUCUUGAAGGGUGUUUGUCUUAACUACCAGAAAUGCUAAAAAAAAUGGACCAAGGACGUCUGGCAGUCAAUAUUAGGAUUUGGUUGAGGGAAUCAGCACUGUAGACAACGAAGAUCCCAUUUUACAUCAUGUGAAUGUGGAAAAGCAUACUUGAUGGAUGGCAACAGAGACAUGAACGCUAUGUUGCAGAGCUAAGAAUUUUAAGUUUAAGAUUACGCACGUGAUAGAGCUGCUUGGAGUUCUGGGAACAGUGAAGAGAGCGCUUUCCAGCACACGCGAAUAUGCCAGCCCAACUUCGCGGUACACCUUUGUGAAGGAGAAGUUGUCUUAGAACGAGGCGCAAAAUGGCUGCGCCUCGGCCGGGGGACACCUGGCCUUUGUCGACUUGGAGCAAGAGAGUUUGGACUUACAAAACGCUCCCUCCUCAUUGGCUAUCCCGUCCAGCCACUACUGGAUUGGCCUGGUCACUACGGGCCGAGACGCGCCUGGGCAUGGCUUGACGGCUCACGGCCAGCUUACUCCCCAGCCAGCCUAGAAGCGGCCGACGACGACGAUUGUUAUGUCAUCUCGCUGGGCAGCGGAAAGUGGAAAACGCGAGAUUGCAUCAGGUCCGAGAACUACGUGUACGAACACGAAGAGGUAAUCACUACUACGGCGGAGCCUCACGCAGGGAGAUUCUUCGUCUAAGGGACCAAAACGGUCCCAAGCCGUGUAGUUACCAAUCGG